GCUAGAUCAUCAACUUAUUAUAGCUCUAAAUUUCAACAAUUUAUUAAAAAAAACACCAGAAAGAAGGAAAGAUCAACACUUCUCCUCCAGAAUGUCUGAGUUUCAUACAGUUUUGAUCAUUUCAUAAAUCAUAUUCAAGCUAAAUUCGAUAACAUAAGCCAUAAGCAUCAUCAUAUCAGCUGUAACUUGUAAGAUGGGGUACUGCAAAUUAACUUAUGGAUUAAUAAUGGUGUUUGUUUUGAUGUUGAGCUUGACGUGUCAAAUCUGUAAUGGAUCUGAAGCAUUUGGAUUUGAUAUCCUUCAUAGAUUCUCUGAUCCUGCUAAGGCAAUAUUCAACAUUGAUAAUGAGUUUUUUCCAGAGAAGGAAACAGUUGAUUACUAUGCUGCUAUGGUUCAUCGUGAUCGUGUCUUCCAUGGUCGUAGAUUAGCAGGAGGAACAGAUAAUGACACCCCUCUCACCUUUGCUUCUGGAAACACCACCUUUCAUAUCAGUGCACUUGGAUUUUUAUAUUACGCGAAUGUGUCUGUAGGGACACCAGAAUCAUGGUUUCUAGUGGCUCUGGAUACGGGCAGUCACCUUUUCUGGUUACCUUGUGACUGCGUGCCUAAUUGUGUAACGAGAUUACAGUUUAGUUCUAAUGAGGUUUUAGACUUCAACCUAUACAGCUUGCGUACUUCAUCCACAGGAUCACAACUCGAAUGCUCUAGCCCUUACUGUCAAAACAGCAUAAGCUGCGAUCCUUCAGAAAUCAACUGCCCCUAUGGAGUUGCUUAUCUCCAAGCAAAUACAUCAUCUUCUGGUUACCUGGUAGAGGAUGUAUUGCAUCUUUCAUUGAAUUCUAAUUCUUCUACGCGCACAAAUGCUAGAAUUCCUUUCGGUUGUGGCGUCCGUCAGACUGGUUCAUUCUUGGAAACUGCAGCUCCAAACGGCCUGCUAGGACUUACUAUGGAUCCCGUAUCUCUACCUAGCGUCUUAGCAAGUCAAAAUCUUACUUCAAAUUCUUAUUCCAUGUGUUUCACUGGAGAUGGUGUUGGUAAAAUCAUUUUUGGAGAUAGAGACAGCAAUGAACAAGGUGAAACACCACUUGAUCCCAAUGACCUGUUGAAUCUAUAUAAUGUCAGCAUAACACACAUUUCUAUGGGAACAAACGUCUCUGCUACAAACUUCACUGUGAUUAUGGAUACCGGCACUUCAUUCACUCACUUGACUGAUCCAGCUUACAGUCUUCUUUCUGAAAAGUUCAAUUCCCAGAUAAAUGAUCAAAGGCUGGAAGCUCAUCCAGAUAAUCCUUUUGAAUUCUGCUAUAUAUCAACUUUAAGCAUGGAUGAAGUAACCGCUCCCACUAUUAAUCUGACAAUGAGAGGAGGAGACAUAUUCACUGUCAUAGAUCCAGCCAUAUAUUUAGAUUCAGGGGAUGGUCGGUCUGUAUACUGUUUAGCAGUUCUCAAAUCUGACAGUGGCGAAGAUGAUAUAAACAUAGUUGGAGAGAACUUCAUGACUGGCUAUCGUAUUGUUUUUGAUCAUGAGAGAAUGGUGUUUGGAUGGAAGGCACACGACUGCGGUGAAGUUGUACAUGUCAGUCCAAGACCUCCAUUUUACGGGCCACCCAUGCUGGGAAGAUCUCCUUUCGGAUCAGGCGCACCAUCAGCUUUAACACACAGCUUCUUAUAUAUUUGCAUUAUUUUGGUUCAGAUUCUGUCCGUUCAACAGAUAAUCAUAUAGACAGGAGAAGUACAUACAUACACACAUACACACAUGCUUCAAUAUUUCACACGAAGUACAUUUUUAGUGGGCACUUGGUUUGGGGCCAAAAUAUGUGAUCGUUGGUUUGUAUAAUCUCACCCUUUUCUUGUAAAUAUGGCUCACUACCAUAUACUGAAUUUUGCAUACUAUACAGCGGUAAAUAGAUUGGAGAUGUUGCAGUUUUUAUACAAUCAGAAAUGCUUUGGAAUGGCUCAAGCGAAAACUUGUGUAGUUCGGCUGGUUAGUCUGUAAUAGGUGCUGAUUCAGUAUGGUCAUUUUUUCUUGCCUAGUAAAAUUUUUAAAAAAUUAAAAUGAAAAAAAUUCUA